UACACAUUCGCAGAAACGAAAUGACAUGCGCCUGCGUUCUGACAAUGUCGUGUCGAAAGUUUCUUUCCUGCCGAUCAGUCGACGAUGUGCCCUGGAACCGUCAGUAUGCAUGAUCGAUCAUACACCAGAGUUAACUGUCAGUUGAAGAACGUCCAUUACGAAAACGACAUACAUUACACGCUGCAACUGUGCAAAUGGCUAUUGAAACCAAUCGGAGUGUGGCCUCUCGUUAACAAUCGCGCCAGUAAACUUGAACAGCUUGUCUCAAUCGUUCUGAUGACCACGUGCUUCUCCAGUUUGCUCUUCAUCGUUCUACCAUCCUUUCACCACAUCUUCUUCGUGGAGAAAAACACGCAUAUAAAGGUGAAACUGCUCGGCCCAGUUGGUUUCUGUUUCUCGUCUACGAUUAAAUACUGCUGCCUUGGUCUGAAAGGGCCCUUCUUCGAACGGUGUAUCCAGCACGUCAGGAAGGAUUGGAAAACGGUGCACGAUCCAAAUUAUCGUACAAUCAUGUUGAAGUACGCGACGGUCAGCAGGAAGCUAAUCACGGUGUGCGCAGCUUUCUUGUACAGUGGUGGAAUGUCGUAUCACACGGUGGUGCAGUUUCUGUCGAAGGACAGGAGAGGGAAGAAUUACACGUACAGACCACUGGCUUAUCCUAGCCCUGAUUCGAUCUUGGAUACUCAAUCCAGUCCUACGUACGAAAUCGUGUUCUUUCUUCACUGUUUCGCGGCGAUGAUCAUGUACAGUGUCACGACAGUUGCGUACAGUUUGGCCGCGAUCUUCGUCACCCACAUCUGUGGACAGAUUCAGAUACAGAUAGCAAGACUGCACGAUUUGGUGAAGAGCAAGGAGAGAGAGGGUGGUGAACGUGAUCCUCUGUCUGUUAUCGUACACGAUCAUGUGGAAAUUCUAAGAUUUUCGAAAAAUGCAGAAGAAGCCUUGAGAGAAAUAUGCUUGGCGGAAAUCGUCGAGUCCACGAUUAUUAUGUGUCUGCUUGAAUAUUAUUGCAUGGUGGAAUGGCGGAACAACGACGCAAUCGCAAUAAUGACUUAUUUCACUUUGUUGAUCUCCUUUACGUUUAAUAUAUUUAUAUUUUGUUACAUAGGCGAACUCCUUUCUGAACAGUGUAGACAGAUCGGUAUAAAUUCUUACAAAAUCGAAUGGUACAACUUACCAGCUAAAAACGCUUACGAUCUUAUUCUGUUGAUCUCCAUAUCUCAAUAUCCACCGAGGCUUACGGCCGGAAAGAUCAUCGAUUUAUCUCUCAACACUUUCAGCUCCGUAGCAAAAACGUCAUUAAUUUAUCUGAACUUACUGCGAACAGUUACGGACUGGUAAUGAAACCUUCAUUUUUCUAAUAUUACCAUAAAAUUAUGAUGAAUGUCGUAAUCGUUUUAUCAUUGUAAAAAUAAUUUUGUAGAUAUCCUUUUCGAAGUAUGGCGUUGAAGAUGUACCUGGCCCUUUGCGUAAUUUAUUUAAUUAUCUCGAUCAAAUAUGAUGUUUAUUGUUGAAUUAUUUUAGUGUUAGGCUUUGACAUACAUAGCAGACA